AUGCCCUUAAGGGGCUUCUUCAGCUCCUUCACUCACACUUCCUGUAACAAAGAUGAAAGUGGUGCAAUUGUUCGUCUGCAGUGGCGAACUCUUUUAACAGCUGAUCAGCCUCGGCCCCGGCAGCAGCAAGCGCAGCAGCAACCCCCGCAGCGGCGGCAGCCCCAGCACCAGAAGGCCAAGGCCAAGGCCAGGCUUUGCGCGGCUCUCGCAGUAGUAGCCGCGGCUCCGGCGGCUGCGGGGGCGCAGCUUCCUCCGGCGGGGGCCUUCUCGUCUGCGGCCGCGGGACCUCGCCUGAGCGCCCAGGGUCACCGUCCCCGGAGCCCGGCAGUGCGGCCCUCGUCCCCCUCCCCCCGUCCGUCUCCUCGCUCCCUUCAGCCGCCCUCCUCACCGCCGCCUCUGCCGUUCCUCAGGCGGCCCGGCCCGGCCCGCCCGCCCCGCGUCCCCUCCGGCCGGUGCCUCUCCCCCCCGGCGGGCUGCCUGCAUGUCUUUGCUGCCCUCAGCCCCGCCGCCACCGCCGCCACCGCCUCCCCCGCCGCCGCAGCACCAGCACCAGUCUCCCCGCCGCCGCCGCCGCCGCCGCCGCCCGGACCCCGGCGCGCUGAAUGCAGGUGA